GAGCACCGCGCGGCACGCUACUGCACAUGCGCAUUGCACCAGUCCGUGGAGACAAUCACAUUCUCUUCUAUUAUGAAUUUGAAAGACUGUUCAGAUGAUCAAACACUUACGCAAUUGGGUCAUCACCAACUUAAUCUGGAGGCAGAGACACUUCAGAAGGACCUACAGGGAGUUUCAGAAGCUGAGGCCAGUUAUGACCACAUCCAGAUUUUGGUUGUCUCAUUACAAUAAAAAUGGACCUAAUGUUAUGUACAGGCAACAGUCAACAAGGUACUGUCAUCAUUUUAAUGAAUUACUGCAGCUAGGAGUUGUAAAGAAAUACAUUGGGUCCUUGAAAGAAAAAUACAAAGAAAUUAACAAUGGAGUAAAUUACAUACCGCCACAAAAUGAAGAUGGAAAAUUAUUAAGUACUCGUCAUGUUGAGCUGGCUCCACUUAUACCUCUCUUGGAAGAGAUGCAUUCAUCAGAGAAAGAUUUACUGGAGUUGGAAUCGAUGUAUAAGAGUGUGAAAGCCAGAGCUGACCAAGAACUGAUAUUGUUGGUCCUUGAAGAACGUCAGCAACUCAUCAAAAGCAUUGAAGUGUUGCAGGGAAAGCUCCUUCAGACUCUGGUACAAAGGGAUGAACACGACAAAAGUAAUGUGAUUCUUGAGGUGACAGCUGGAAGAACUACAGGAGGUGAUAUUUGCCAGCAGUUUACAAGGGAGAUUUUUGAUAUGUACAAGCAUUAUGCAGACUACAAGGACUGGAAUUUUGAAGUCCUGAACUACACACCUGCUGACUAUGGAGGAUUACACCAUGCUUCAGCAUGUGUUUCAGGGGAGAAUGCUUACCGGUUCUUAAAACAUGAAGGUGGGACCCACAGAGUUCAGAGGAUUCCUGAAGUUGGCCUGUCAUCACGGAUGCAACGCAUCCACACUGGCACCAUGACUGUCAUUGUUCUACCCGAGAUUGAUGAGGUAGACAUUAAAGUAGAUGUCAACGAUCUAAAGAUUGAUACAUUUCGAGCCAAAGGAGCGGGGGGACAGCAUGUAAACACGACAGACAGUGCAGUGAGGAUCGUCCAUAUUCCAACAGGUUUAACAAUAGAAUGUCAACAGCACCGAUCACAGUUAGAAAACAAAAAGCUGGCCAUGCGCACAUUGAAAGCAAAAUUGUACCAGGGGGUUGCAGAUAAAGAACUGGAGAAGAGGCAGAGUACCCGGAAACUGCAGGUUGGAACAAGAGCCCAGUCAGAAAGAAUUCGUACCUAUAACUUCACACAGGACAGGGUUACGGAUCACCGAAUCAACUACGUUUUGAGGGACAUUAAGGAGGUGCUGUGUGGUGGCAGACAGCUGGAUGAACUGAUUAAUAAACUUCUGGAGUCAGCAGAAAAGGAAGCUCUCCUGGAACUUAUAGAAACAAGUAAUAAAAGAGUCACAGAAUGAAGUUAAAGUUAAAAUAAUCAAAUGGGUGGAGUUGUAUUUAAACCAAACUCAUUGUGGAAAUCUCGUUGCACACUGACUUAAGUACUAUUGGGCACCGGAAACUGGAAUAUUGGUUUCAAAAUAACCCAAAGCAAGAGGUCCAUUAAUUUUAUAUCUUCAUGGAGAAACCCUCAGUUCUAGUUGUUUUCCUUGAGUUACAGCUGGUCAAUGCUUGGGUUUAGUCUGUCUGGUUUGCAGGAGUAAGGACAGAAUGGUAAUGAUGUUUGUGAAGCAACCUAUAACAUAUAUAGACACACUUUUUGAAUGGACAGCAGGCAAAUACAUUUCAACACAGCCUGCUUGCUCUGUGCCUGAGGGAAGCCAUUCAGUAACGGGCAGUUGGACAGGGGUUCCCUGCUGGUGUAAACUUAAUUCUCUUUUCAAGAUAUAGUCUGAAUAACACCAUUACACAGUGGCAAAAGGUUUCUCUAGGAAGAGACGCAUUACAAAUUGACCAACCUGAGCCUGUGGAGGAACUCAGUUCAGCUCCCCUCAUUUCCCACCAAGAUAAAGCAGGAGGCUUCAAAAGUGUUAAGUGAAACCUUUUAGUGGGUGUGUAUAUUAGGCACUUGCUCCAGCUUAAUGCAUUGCAUAUUUUUAAAAUAGUCUAGCAAGAAUAAAAAAAGCCUGUUUAUUUGAUAUUACAGUUUAUUGCCCCAGUUGUAGUCUGAUUGCAUUUAUUUUUCCACUACAGUGGAAGCACAGUGGUACAGCUGGUAAAGGUGCUGCCUCAUAGCACCAGUGACCUGGGUUCAAUCCUGACGCAAGGUGCUGUCUGUGUGGAGUUUGUGUGUUCUCUCCAAGAUCAACUGGGUUUCCGAUAAUGUACUCCAGCUUCCACAUUGUAAAGUGGUGCAGGUUGGUUAGUUGAUUGGCCACCGCAAAUUGCCCCUAGCACGUAAGUGAGUGGAGAAUCUGGCGUGUUGAUGGGAAUGUGGGGAGCAUAAAAAAUGGGAUUAGUGUAGAUGGGUGCUUGAUGGUCAAUGUGUAAACAGUCAAAUGCAGGGCUUCUUUCCAUGCUGUCUAACAUGGUAAUACAGUGAUUAUGUAAUUCAACUUGAGGGAAAGCUACAUUACCAGAUGCAGAGUGAAAGAAAAAUCACUGGUCUCACUAGUCAGUGGCUGUCUUACUUGACACAGGACAAAGGGCUAAUGCACGUGUUUCUGCUGUUUCAUUACAAAAAUUAUACAAGAGAAUGGUAUGACUUAGUUUGGAAAUAAUUGCAAAGAAAUUGGUUCCAUCUGCACACUUUUUAAAUGUGCAAGUCAUGAAUAAAAGUGUUUUUCCAUACAUUG